AUGCUUAGUCGUGCAGUCUUGCCUCUAACGAGGCCAAAUGUCUUCGCCUCUGCCGUUCGGGCAUCAACCCUGUCGGCGCGGCCCUCGCCUUACACUGCUUACAAGCUUUCCCCGGGUAUCCAGCUAAGGGCGAAGUCGAACAAAUCGAAGUCGAAUACUCCCAAAGCAGCUCCAAAAGAUUUCGCUGCGGAGCAACCCGAGUUUGAUACAAAAGCUGAAUCUACACAAUCUUCCGAACCUGUCGAACAAGAACAAGCCCCACAGUUUCCUCUCCCCGAUCUGACACAAGGUAUUCCAUCGACGCUGGCCGCAGAGUUGGAAGGACGUAUGAAGAAGGGACCAUUGAACCUCACAGAAGACCCUGCCCAGUCAGAAGAGUAUGGCGCGGACGGCAGAGGAGGUGGUGACAUUCCCAAGGGCGGAUAUGAGACAUCUAUCGACCGCCGCAAGGCCCGCAUGGCCAAUAUAGUAUACGCAGCCAUGUUGCUUGCUGGUGUUGCCGGUAUGGGCUACUUGGGUCGCAACUGGGAAACCGAAGAGGAGGAGCGACAACACCCUGAGAUCCCAUCUGGAUGGAGCCCCGGUCUUUGGUACAGCCGCAUCAAGGCCCGCACCAGUGAUCUCACCAGCUACUACAAGGAUCCUGCUUUCCCCAAGCUGCUUCCGGAUGAGGAUGCUGAGAUGCGUCAGCCAUACACACUGGUACUCAGUCUUGAGGAUCUCCUUGUUCACAGCGAAUGGACCCGUGAGCACGGAUGGCGAGUUGCCAAGCGACCUGGUGUCGACUACUUCCUCCGCUACCUAAACCAAUACUAUGAGCUCGUCCUGUUCACCAGUGUGCCCAGUAUGAUGGCAGACCAAGUCCUCCGCAAACUGGACCCUUACCGCAUCAUCCGCUGGCCCCUGUUCCGCGAGGCGACCCGAUACAAGGAUGGAGAGUACAUCAAGGAUUUGCAAUACCUUAACCGUGACCUUUCCAAGGUUAUUCUCAUCGAUACCAAGGAGGAGCACGCCCGCUACCAGCCUGAGAACGCCAUUGUUUUGGACAAGUGGACCGGCGACCCGAAAGAUAAGACCCUGGUCGCCCUCAUCCCCUUCUUGGAAUACCUCGCUGGCAUGGGUGUCGAAGAUGUGCGUACCGUGCUGAAGUCAUUUGAUGGCACUCCCAUUCCCGCCGAGUUUGCCAAGCGCGAGAAGGCGAUGCGUGAGCGCUUUGAGAAGGAACUUGCUGAGGAGCAGAAGAAGAAGCCCUCGCGUGGUCUGGGCAACUUCGCUGCUGCACUUGGCUUGAAGCCUUCUUCCACCCUGAGUGGCGAGCAGUCGCCCUCCGAGGGUUUGGCUCAGGGCAAGAUGCUUUGGGAUCAGAUCCGCGAACGUGGUCAAAAGAACUACGAGAUGAUCGAGUCCGAGAUUCGCGCGAACGGCGAGAAGUGGCUCGCUGAGAUGGCAGCCGAGGAGGAGAAGGCCCGCCAAGAGCAGAUGCAGAGCAUGAAGGGCUCUUUCACUGGCAUUUUCGGUGCUGGCUCCAAGGAAUAA